GUUCAAACAGCAAUAUCGAACAAACGUGCAGAAAAAGCGGAAACGGAAGAAGCAGAUAACAAGUAUGAGAAUGAUAAGAUAAUAUCAAUUAUCGAUGAAGACACACGAAAUAGCUCCAAGGAAGAAAAAUCACAUAAAUGUUGUGGGAACGCCGGCCUCUUCGAGAAAGUGUUUAAACCGAUAAAAGGAUCAUCGGAGGAUUUGAAACGAUCGAGAAGGAAAAAACGAGCAUUUUCAUUAUUCGAUACCAUGAUCUCUACGAGUAUCGUUGCUCCUUUAUCGAUCGGCUUUUGGAGGGGUGUAUGGGCAAGCAUGGAUCAUCGUGCAGAAUUGUUUCCCAGCUGGUUUUGUUUUACGUUCGGCGCAGCUUUGCACGUAGCAUACACGGUUUUCAAAGAUCGAUUUCACGACAUUUACAUGAAGAAAUGGACUAAAUUAAAUUGGCGAAAACGACUGCCUUAUUGGGCUUUACGAAUCCUGUAUACUUACACCUUUGGAGUGGCGUGCAUCGCGCAUUGGCGGGGUAGUUGGAUCAUCAUCAAUAAUCAUCUAUUUGUGCACACAUGGAUAACAACGUCUUUGACAUGCUCGCUGCUGGUAUGUCUGGCGAUUCUACGUUCUAUUCGAAACUUGAUAGCAACUCCAUUGAUAAUUCUCAUCGACACGCCUUGUUGCGUUUUUAAAUUUCCCACUAGAUACAAUGUGUUGCAGUUCUACUUAUACGCCCUUAUUUAGGUCCUCCACAAAAUGAAGAUUUUACACAUUUACUUUAAUCAGUGGAUCUUAUCGAAAAUUAGAGACACUUGACAUUGACGGGGUGUACUGUACGCUCCCGUGCGAUAACGACGGAAGUAAAAAUAUAUGCGGUAAUUGCGAGGGUUAAAAACUUUCCAUAUUAUAAUACAUCUUAGAAUGUUGUAGCUAAUUCAAUUGAUUAUUUUUAUAGUACAUAUUUAGACAUAAAUAUACGUCAGAGUCAAUUAAUUAUAUGGAUUCAAUAUGGAUUAAUUAAUUUGAGUUUUUUUUCUAUCAAAAUCGAUACGUGUGUAUCGCGCUAUGGUUGCGAAUAAUUUCAGAUAAGUUUAUGGAGUAAACAUUCGAGAAUUAAUAUUUUCAAUAUUUUCCGUAUGACAUUUUCGACAUGGUAAUGGAUCUUGUGACCCUGACGAGGCUUGCUGGGACGAAUCAAGAGUUUCACGAAGGUGAGAUGUUGUAACCCAAGCUUGAUUGAUACACAAAAAAGAGUUGAUUAGCGACGAUUUUGGCUAAAGCGUCAAUGACUAAAGGAAUAUACGUCAAUGGAUAAGUGAAUACGAGGCCGGAAACAUUGCUCAGAAAAAAAUAAUAUCAAGGUGACUAUUAAAGAUUUUUCUAGCCGCUUUUAAUAGCAAUAAAAAAUUUUAACAAGUUUCUUCAUUGAAAUACCUACUCAAGGAAUGACGACACUUUCUCAACCCUUUUACAAUAGAAUAUCUAAAAUAAAAAAUGACGGAGAAAAAUUGAUUCGCUAGCAUUGGAAGAUGAGAAAGACAUAAGUGAUCGUGUGUGGAUGCGACGCGACGAUUCAGUCAGUUCGAAGAUCACCGAAUAGUCUUGGAAUAUUAUCACGCGGGAACACGCAUGGCUGUCAUCGGUUGCCACCGAUUGUUCUAAUCGGUGAUAGCACCGCAAUACACG